AUGGCCAAAACAAUUCGCAUAGCAGUAGUUUCACCCCCUGCGUUUAGCCACCAAGCCUCCAUUAUUGAGUUCUGCAAGAAACUCGUUAAUGUUGAUCAGCAAUUCCAUGUGACAUGCAUCUUCCCCACCAUUGAUGCCCCAAUCCCUGCCACCACCACAUUGCUUCAAUCUCUUCCAUCCAACGUUGACUACACUUUCCUAACUCCCGUGAAAAAUGAAGACCUUCCACAAGGUGUUCCCUCUGUGGUGCAACUCCAACACGCAGUGUGUCAAUCCAUGCCAUCCUUCCGCAAUGCAUUGAGGUCAUUGUGUUCAACCACGCCACUCGCUGCUUUGGUUGCUGAUCCUUUUGCCAAUGAAGCAUUGGAGAUAACAAAGGAGUUCAACAUCUUAUCUUACGUUUACUUUUGUAAUUCUUCCAUGGCAGUUUCAUUUUUAUUGCGUUUGCCAACAUUACAUGACCAAGGUUUACGUGAAUGUCUAGAUCAUCUCACAAGGACUAUUCAAAUUCCCGGUUGCAUACCUAUUCAAGGCCAUGACCUUCCAAGAGAUUUGCGAUCCAGUGUUGCUUAUGAGUUUAUGCUUCAACGUUGCAAGAGGUUCACUCUUGCGGAUGGUUUCUUCGUUAACAGCUUCUUUGAAAUGGAGCAAGGUACAGUCACAGCCUUGAAGGAAAGUAGCAAAGGUGGCAACCACAAUGCCCCAGUAUAUCCGGUUGGACCCAUCAUACAAACCAGACCAAUUAGCGAGAAAAACAUGUUAGAAUGUAUGAGGUGGUUGGAGAAGCAAAGUCCCAACUCGGUUUUUUAUGUGUCGUUUGGGAGUGGAGGUAGUCUUUCUCAGCAACAACUUAAUGAGUUAGCGUUGGGGUUGGAGUUGAGUGGUCAGAAAUUCUUGUGGGUUUUGAGACCACCUAAUGAUGUAGCAGAUGGUGCAUACCUUGUUGCUGCAAAAGAUCAUGACCCUUUGCAAUUCUUACCAAACGGGUUCUUAGAAAGAAUCAAAGAACAGGGGUUGAUUGUUCCUUCCUGGGCACCCCAGAUCCAAAUCCUCAGUCACGCAUCAACUGGUGGGUUUUUAACCCAUUGUGGUUGGAAUUCAAUACUUGAGAGCAUUCUGAUGGGAGUGCCAAUGGUAACUUGGCCAUUGUUUGCUGAACAAGGAAUGAAUGCGGUUUUGCUAACAGACGACCUCAAAGUGGCGUUAAGGCCCAAAUUUAAUGAGAAUGGCAUAGCGGAAAAGGGGGAAAUUUCUAAGGUGAUUAAAGGGCUAAUGAUGGGUGCAGAAGGAAACGAAAUUCGCCAAAGAAUUGAAAAGCUCAAAGAUACAGCUACUAACGCAUUAAAGGAAGAUGGUUCCUCCACAAGGGCUAUUUACGAAUUUGGCAUGCAGAUGGAAAAUUUCCAGGGACGACCCUUAAACUAA